UCACGUGACCGGUAGCGCACAUCCUGUCGUUGGGAGGACCAAGAUGGCGGUGUGCGUGUCUGUCAUUGCUAAGGAGAACUAUCCCCUCUACAUCCGCAGCAUCCCCACCGAGAACCAGCUGAAGUUCCACUACACGGUGCACACCUCCCUGGAUGUGGUGGACGAGAAGAUCUCAGCCAUGGGGAAGGCCCUGGUGGAUCAGAGAGAGCUCUACCUGGGACUCCUGUAUCCCACAGAAGACUACAAGGUAUAUGGCUACGUCACCAACUCCAAAGUCAAAUUUGUGAUGGUGGUCGACUCCUCCAACACAGCUCUCCGUGACAACGAGAUCCGCAGUAUGUUCCGGAAGCUUCAUAACUCCUAUACAGAUGUGAUGUGUAACCCCUUCUAUAACCCCGGAGACCCUAUACAUUCACGGGCAUUUGACAACACAGUCACCUCCAUGAUGGUCGCAGCGUGCUGAACUACUACCGCCUGUGAUUUUCUUAAAGUGACAGAAGCCAAUUCCUACUUCCAGUAAUUUAUGGAGCUAUUCCCAUCCUGUAUGUCUGUUACCAGGGAAGUGUGAUGAUACUUCCCCCCCCCCGUGGACUGGACCGGUUACUGCUGCUCUGCCCCGCACCUUUAAAAUGAUAGGCGUAUGUCCUACACUGGGCUUCAUAGGGGAUUCGGGCAGUAAAGGCACAGCCUGGAGUUAUUGUGUGAUGGUCCUUAAAUUCCAGAAUACCGUUUUCUUAAAGGGGUUUUGCACCCCCUUUUGGUCAGACAUGCGAAGGGAAGCAUACUUACCUGCUUCCCAGCUCCUUCUCUCCCCACCCUUGGAUGCUUCGCUGUGCUCCCAGGAUGUAAACCUCCGUUUUGACACCACUGCAGCCAAUUGCUGGCCGCAGCGGUGACCUGCCCCCUCUGCUUCAUGUCAUAUGAUUACAUGACAACAAGGGGAUCAGGUCACCGCUGCGGCGGUGUCAAAACGAAAGUCUACAUCAUGGGGGCCCAGUGGCGCAGCCGAGGCUGGGAAGAGAAGAAGCAGGAAGCAAUUAAGGGCGAGUCCACAUCAUAGUUUUUUUUUUAUGAUCAGUCAAAAAUAAAAACAGCUUCUAUAUUUUCAGUUAUGCACAUUUUGCAUCAGUUUUAGCCAUUUCCGUCUGAGAUCCUACACGCAGGAUCUAAAAUAACGGAUCUCAUAUGGAAGUGGCUAAAACAAAUGCCAAAUCUGCAUGGCAGAUGCUUAAAAUACAGGAUGCGUACUUUUUUCUUUAUUUUUCUGACUGAUCAGAAUGGGAAAAUAGUGAUCUGGCCCCAAGUAUGCUUCCCUCCACAGGUUUGCCAUCCCCAUUAAUUUAGCUUCCUCCAUGCAGGGGGCUUACAAAUAUCUAUGGAUUAGAAGAAGACGUGUAAAUGGGUAGAGAUUAGAAGGAGGACCUAUGUCCAUACCGGCAGAAAAGACAAGAAAUGCCACCAGUGUGAAUAAAAGAUGGGUUCAUACAUCAGCACGUUCGACUUCCAGGCGUAUCUGAUCCCUGUGUAAUAAGGGCAGUGUACGGAAUAAUAAAUGUAAUUGUAUGUUUUA